CCGGGUCAACCGAAUUAGCUGGGUCAACCGAAUUAGCCGGAUCAACCGAAUUAACCGGGUCAACCGAGUUAACCAAGCUAAUAGGGUUUUUUGUUGAGCUUAAGAACUUUUCUUCAUUUAAAGCAGACAAAAAAAAUGCCUUUAAGAUGUUUAUACGCACAAUGGGUGAAAAC